GCCCAUGCAUGGCUCCCGGAGCGCGCAGCGUGGCAAUCGGCGAUGCGCUGUGUCCCUUGGACACAGCGGAUCACCGAUCCACGGAAAGAGCCGAAGUUGUUGGCUCGGUCAUGUGAUCAGCUGUGUCCAAUCACAGCUGAUCACAUCAGUGCCACAUGUCAGUGUCCAUCAGUGCCAGCUGUCAGUGCUCAUCAGUGUGUCACGUGCCAGUGCCCAUCAGUGCCACAUCAAUGCCACAUAUCAGUGCCUACCAGUGCACAUCAAUGCCACAUAUCAGUGCCCAUCUGAGCUGCCUUUCAGUGUCACCCAUCAGUGCCAGUCAGUGCCACCUAUCAGUGUGCCAAUCAGUGCCACCUAUCAGUGUCAGUCAGUGCCGCCUAUCAGUGCCAGUCAGUGCCACCUAUCAGUGCGCAUCAGUGCCGCAUAUCAGUGCCCGUCAGUGCUGCCUAUCAGUGCCAGUCAGUGCCCCCUAACAGUGCCAGUAAGUGCCACCUAACAGUG